AUAGCAUAGUAGAAGUGCUCGUAUAAGUAACCCAAAGAAAAGGAGAACAAAGGCUGCCGCAACCCUUCCCCAUUCUUUUACUCCCGCAUAAGACCUAGCUGCCAAGACGAAGCUCUCUUCGGCCGUGAGAACCAUAGACCAAAACUCCAUCACGACCAUUGGCCAAACCUGCGGGACAUAAUCACCAAUCAUCCAUCGAUCUAGCCUAAUCAAAUCAUCAUCGGACCCAUCCUCGUAUUGCUCAGUGGAAGAGGUUGUGGGAAGGCGAACGUCGGAUACAUUGCCAUUGAUCGCGAAGUCCUUUCCUUCGAUCGACACCAAAAAACCAUGAGUACGAGGUUAUAAGUGCGGAGAUCACUGGCAGGCAUAUUGAGAUAUCACACCGCAUCACGAGAGGAGGUAUUGCUUCUCGCCAAGUCGAGGCGAACGAUUUGAUUAGUAAGGUGCGUGGUUAAAGGGGGCUAAAGUAGUUCUGUUAUCAGUCUAUGCGUUUAAGUUCCUGUUAUGCAUUUCAGUUCUUGCUUAUGUUUUUGUUAUUGCUUUAUGCUUUCAUAUUAAGUUAUUUGUUUACGUUCAGUCUUUACGUUAAGUAAGCAUAGCAUCUUGAAACUUAAGUAAACAAUGUUAAGAGUCAAGCAAAUACAAGAUCAAUUAUAAGCUAAUUAAAGUGCAAGUUAAUAAGCUUAUAUCUUCCCAUAGUGCAGGAGAUCACCUAAGUAAGCUCGAACUUCUCAAGUGGAAUAAGCAAGUUAAGUAUGUUUCUCCAUCAUGUGAGAGGUUGUUUCAAGCAAACACAUAUAAGGUAUCAAGUUAGUAAGUAAGAAUAAGAACUCUCACUUGACUAGUCCCACGCGGUCACCCUACUCCUUGUAGAUGAGGGGUCAUGAUAUGUAUGUCACGAUCGGUGUCGGACGCGAUUACCAUUACUCCUUGUAGAUGGGGAGGUAUAUUAUGUUACUCUUGUAGAUGAGGAGAUUAUGUUCAUGAUACGUUGGUGAUGAACGGUUGUACUAGUUAAGUCGAGUGCGAGAUCCCAUCUCAAGUUAAGUAAGCGAAGAACACUAUAAGUAAGAAUAUGUUAAUAAUAAUAAUAUACUUCUACUAAUGUACCCAAUAACGUACCAUAAGCAUUGCAUGUGCAUAGUUGUUUGUUUACGUAUGAUAACGAAAUUAGGAUUAGGACUGACCCCAUUGCCCGCAUUUAGGAGUUGCAAAGGAAGUGGGAGCAAUCAGAUCGCUCGUUAGGAGGAAGCUGCUCGAGAUAUCAUCUUCACAAGGGUUAGUGAUUGUAGAAGAAUCCAAGUGAAUUCCUUAUGUAUUUUUAUUAGCAGGGUUGAGACUGAUGCUCAUUUAUGAUUUGUUAAAAAGGAUUUCGUACAGUGAUUUGAAAUUAUUUAUGUUGUUCUUUCCAUUUUGAGUUAUUUUGAUUACUCAAGGGCAUUUUGGUAAAAGUAGUGCUCGGCCGAGUUAGGGUGUUACAUUUUGGUAUCAGAGCCUCUCUGUGUCCCUCUUGAACAAUGGUGGGCAAAACUCAAUGAGGGCGUUCAGUCCCAAGGAGAGGGUGUAUGUAACACCUUAGGUAAAUCCCACAUCGACAAAGCACGGGAGAGAUCCAUGGUUCAUAAGUUAGAAAUCGGUCUUUAUUGACAAGACGCAUUUUUGGCUGAAAUGGAGGGGUUCUAGUGAGAACUCCGAAGUUAAACGUGCUCAGUGUGGAGUAUAACAAUGAUGGGUGACCUUAUGGGAAGUCAACCUUGAAUUGCACCCCAAAUCGAAUCCGUGCGGGUGUAGAGGCCCAGAGCAGACAGUAUCUUGUCGGGAAAAGGUUCGGGAUAUUACAAGUGGUAUCAGAGCCUGGUUCCCUCUAUCUGCACUUUGUAAGUGAGAUACUGGGAAUUCGGUCUUUAGGUUUCAACAAGCUUUAAGGGUUUUAACUUUUCAACCAAGUUUUCACGAAAACCUAAAAUCGUUUUUGAGCAUCCAGUCUUGUCUACUAGUAAUGUCCGAAGAUUUUGAUGCAACAUCGUUUCCUUAUGUAGUAGUAUGAAUGGAGAGAGCUCUCAAUAAGUUGGUGUUCGACAUCCACCUCCGAACUACGAUGCACUUAGGAAGAUGGGUGUCAAGGACUUUGAGGGAUCUUCCGACCCUGAUAUGGUUGAUGCAUGGCUUUUGAAGCUCUCCCGCACCCUAGACGAGCUGCACAUCGAUAACCAUGAGGACAGGAUCGCCAUGGUUGUCCACAUGCUCCAGGGAACUGCUAGAGAUUGGUCGCACCUCCAACCGGAGAGUGAAGUGGUACCACUGGAGAUCACCAGGAACCAGUUUGUGAAGAUGUUCCUCGAUGAGUACAUCCCCCAAACAGUCCAGGAAGAUAAGAGGGAAGAUUUCAUGAAGUUGGAGCAGCAGUAGGGGCAGAGUGUCACGGAAUAUAAGAAGCUGUGCAAGUAUGUUGAUCCCGUGUAUCAGACUGCAGCAGGGACGCGAGAUCGUUAUUUUUGGGGUUUGAGGGCAAAACUGAGAAAAUAUAUGGGAGAAGUAGAGAGGGCAUCUCAAGCCACUGCAUACCGAGAUGCCCUUCACAUUGAGAGGGACGAGAAGAUGGCUGAACAUGAGAGGGAUGCGAGACUCGGUACGAAGAAGAGGAAGGAGUUAACCAACUUUGGAGUCACGACUUACUCGACCCAACCUUCCAAGCGGGGAUCUGGUUCAUCUAGCCAACAUCAGUUCUGGAGCCAGGGGAUCUCCACAAGAUAUGCACUGGCACAACAGCUAUAUCCACUAUGCCCGAAAUGUGACAAACGUCAUCUAGGCGAGUGCAUGCGUGAUAUGGGCGUUUCUUUCGAGUGUGGCGAGCCAGGACAUCAAAAGUGGAACUGUCCAUGACUUGCGGAUCGUACAAAGGUUAUCUCUGAGCCCUCAGUCGGUGGUGGUAAAGCACAAUCAGGAAGUAGACUGAAUGGUAGGACUAACGAAUUGAGCAACGACAAUGGUGGACGUUUCAAUAGCAACAACACCCGACAUGUCGGUCACGAUAAGAAUCAAAUGUCAAAAGCUGGUGGGCAACCUAGAGUCUUUUCCAUGGAAAAGAUAGAGGGUUUAUAUAAUGAAGAUUUAAGGGAGGAACCCACGCACUGAAGUAAUUAUGUGGGUGAUUGAAGAGGUGAUAAGAGGGAAUCAUCCAAACUUGUUCUUGACUAUAUGAAUCGAUUUUUUUUACUAUAGUUAUGAUCGGAUAGUAGCAUUAUAAUGUUAGCAGUAAUAACGGAGACCGUUAUGACCUCAAUUUCGAGGAUGAAAUUUUUCUUAAGUGGGUGGGAAAUGUCACACCCGGUACCUAGUUUUUUUUAGAAUUUCUAAAUUGCCCUCUGUCAAUUGACUAUUGUAAUUAAUAUAUUUAACCUAAUCCACCCCACCGUCUAUCUCCAUAUGUAUAUAUAUACAUAUAAGUAAACCAAAGAAAAGGAGAAAAAAGGCUGCUGCAACCCUUCCCCAUUCUUUUACUCCCGCAUAAGACCCAGCUGCCAAGGCGAAGCUCUCUCCAGCCGUGAGCUCCGUAGACCAAAAAUCCAUCGCGACCACUGGCUAAACCUGCGGGACAUAAUCACCAAUCAUACAUCGAUCUAGCCUGAUCAAAUCACCAUCGAUCCCAUCCUCGUAUUGCUCAACGGAACCGGCUGCGGGAAGGCGAGCGUCGGAUAAUACAUCGCCAUUGAUCGCGAAGUCCUUCCCUUGGAUCGACACCAAGAAGCCACAAGUACGAGUUUAUAAGUGAGGAGAUCACUGGAAGACAUAUUGAGAUAUCACACCGCAUUAGGAGAGGAUGUAUUGCUUCUCGCCAAGUCGAGGCGAACGAUUUGACUAGUAAGGUGUGUGGUUAAAGGGGGCUAGAGUAGUUUCGUUAUCAGUCUACGUUUAAGUUUCUAUUAUGCAUUUCAAUUCUUGAUUUAUGUUUAUGUUAUUGCUUUAUGCUUUCAUAUUAAGUUAUUUUUUUACCUUCAGUCUUUACGUUAAGUAAGCAUAGCAUCUGGAAACUUAUGUAAACUAUGUUAAGAGUCAAGCAAAUACAAGAUCAAUUAUAAGCUAAUUAAAGUGCAAGUUAAUAAGCUUAUAUCUUCCCAUAGUGUGGGAGAUCACCUAAGUAAGCUCGAACUUCUCAAGUGGAAUAAGGAAGUUAAGUAUGU